AUGUCGUUCCGUGGUGGACGUGAAGGCGCUUAUGGUGGACGCGGUGGAGCUCGUGGUGGCAGUUUUAGUGGACGUGGUGGUGGACGCGGUGGUGGACGCGGUGGUGGACGCGUUGGUGGUCGUGGUGGGUUCCGUGAGCCCGAGGGUCCGCCGUCUUUCGUCGUCGAGCUGGGUUCCUUUAUCCACGCGUGCGAGAAUGAAAUGGUAUACAAGAGCACCAAUGAUAAGGUGCCAUACUUCAAUGCUGGUGCUUUUUUGGAAAACAAGACACGUAUUGGCAAGGUAGACGAGAUACUCGGCUCCAUCAAUGAGGUCAUGUUUACAGUAAAGCCUGAUACGGGCGUGUCAGCCACAUCAUUUCAAGCGGGAGACAAGGUGUUCAUCAGCCCUGACAAGCUACUUCCUCUUAGCCGGUUUACUGAGAAGCCUGACAAAAAGCCGGCAGGUGCUGGUCGCGGCGGCCGUGGUGGUCGUGGCGGUGCGCGUGGUGGUGGUGCUCGUGGAGGAGGUCGUGGCACAGGCCGUGGCGGCUUUAGUGGACGUGGUGGUGGAUUCAGUGGACGAGGUGGUGGUUUUGGUGGACGCGGAGGUGGUCGUAUAGGUGGUCGUGGCGGUGGCCGGAGCUUUGGAGGUGGUCGUGGACGCUAUUAA